CACGUCUUUUGGGUUCUCACUGCGGGACCCAUCACAAAUAUCUGGCUUCUGGUUUGGUACCAUUCCUUCUCCCUCUCUCGCCCUGUCUUAUUCCUUCCUUCCUUCCACCUUUCUUCCCAAUCUCUCUGCUUUGCUUUCUUUACUAUCGAAUUCUUGCUUUCUGGGCAGCUCUUCUCUCCUUCUGCGGCUCUGUUAAGCUAAGCAGCAAAGUCUCUGGAUCCAUUUUCUUUUCUCUCUCUUCUCCGGUUUAAGAGGUUAAUCUGCUGUGGUAGUUUCAACUUUGAAGGAGGAACUAAGCUAUGAAAGUUUCGAAGGGCAGGGGAAGCAAGGACAAGAACGAAGCAAUUGUGGAGGACAGGAAGUCUGCUGGGAAGAGGAAGGCAGUGGGGAAGGUUUCAGAGAGUAGGAAUAGCAGUAGUAGUAGCAAGAGAAGGACUGGGAGUGUUAAUAACUUUGAGAAACAGGCUUCAGCCAAGGAUCCCAACAAGCCAAAGCGGCCUGCCAGUGCCUUCUUUGUAUUUCUAGAAGAGUUCAGGAAGGUUUACAAGGAAGAGAAUCCUAAUGUGAAAGCUGUCUCCGCUGUGGGGAAAGCUGGAGGAGAGAAAUGGAAAUCCUUGUCUAGUGAAGAGAAAGCCCCGUAUGAAGCGAAGGCGGCCAAGAGGAAAUCGGAUUACCAGAAGCUUAUGAAUGCCUAUAACAAGAAGCAGGAAAGUGUAGAUGAGAAUGAAGAGGAAGAUGAUGAAGAAGAGCCAGCCAAAUCGUCGAAGAAACCUAAAGUCAAUGGCGCCAAGGAAGAUGAUGAUGCAGACUCUGAGGAGGAGGAGGAGGAGGAGGAUGAUGACGACGACGAUGACGAAGAUGAUGAUUAAAGUGUUGGAAUAUGUUGAAGACCAAAGCUGAGCAUAUGUGGAUUUUGCAGGAUCAUAGGCUUGGGAUUUCAAGGGAGCCUUAAUUAUGUUUUCUUAUGACUUGACUAUGUGUGUUAGUACAUGUGUGAUUGGCUUCAAGAAGCCGGAUUAUGUGGAUAGACAUUUGAUAAAAAAGUUAUCGAAGUUACUACUUUUCUACUAAAUUGUGUGGGUAAAUGUAAAAUUUGAAUCAUGAUCCGAUGUCUUUAGUUCAACUUUAUCUUUACGUUGUUAGACUCGAGUUUAGAUUGAGUUAACCAAUGUUCAAAGUCGUA